CACGAGAUAAACAAGAGGAAUUAUUAUAACUACUGAUAUUUGACUGAACAAUGCGAUUUGACUUUUAGCAUUCAUUAGAACAGAAAGUUUGAAAUACAAGUCAACAUGGAGGGCAAUGAAGAUUUAGUGAAAACUGUACCACUAUCAUCAGUUUGUAAGAUAGAUACUAUCAGCAAAGAAGAUAAACCAACAGAAGAACCAGCAUCUAAUAAACCUAUUCCACAAGAACAUAAUCAACUUACUAGCUUACUGUCUCAAAUACCUAAAAAAGCUCAAAGAGAUUGUUGAUGCAGUGUGAUUUGAUAUUAACAUGUGUAGAUGUCACUGAUGAUUAUAUAGCAUUAGGUACUAAUAUUGGACUGGUAUUUCUUUAUAACAGAAUCAAACAAACUAUGGAAAGACUUAAAACUGAUUCUACAAUGGAUGUUAUUACCUGUGUAAAGUUACAUCAUGGUUUAGAUUAUCAAUUAGCUAUGGGUCUAUCAUCUGGUUAUAUUAUAAUCUAUCUACUACCUUCUAAAGCAUUAGAUAAAAAUAAAACAUUACAGAAGGUUGAUAUUAAAGAUGUACAUCUAGUAGGUAUAACAUAUAUUGAAUGGAGUACUAAUGGUAUGAAACUAUUCUCCGGUGAUAAAAAUGGAAGAGUUUUUGUGACUAAUGUUGAUUUCUAUACUAGUGAGUUUAAGUCUGAAAUAUUAUUAGAUGAAGAUAAAUCAGAUAGUGAAAUAAUUCAGAUAAAUUAUGAUCAUAAAGCUGUAUUGAUAUCUACUAAAUAUAGAAGUCAAGUUGUUAGAACAGAUCUGGAACAUUCUAAACCAGUACAAAUUGGUGUGCAGGACAGGAAAAUAACUGGUAAUUUUGGAGCUUGUUUUAUACCUGAGAUGUGUAAACCAAGUGAUGCUAAACUCUAUGCCUGCCGUCCUGGUAGUCGUGUAUGGUUAGCUAAUAUAGGUGGAACUGUUCUUAAUACCUUUAUAUUUAAAGAUGUUCUGUCAGACACCAAUCCUAUCAUUCCAAUUAAAACACUAGAGAAGAAUAAGAAUGCUGAUACUAGAUUUGGGAGAGUGUAUAUGUAUCAGGACAAUGAGAUAUUAACAUAUAAUAAUAACACAAUGUUCAUUAUUGAACCAUCUACUAGCCAAAUAAUAGGUGUUCAAGAUAAAAUAGGUGAAAUAAUUGAUUUAGCUGUCAAUCGUGAUGAGAUAUUUGUUUUAAGAAAAAACACUGAGUUGGCAUUAAUAAGAUUAGCUUAUAAACCAGAAGAAAUGAAGCAUACAGUCAAUUUACCCCUGACUCAUCCAACACCUAGUCCCAAAGAUGCAAGUCCUUCUCACACUCCAGCUACAGCCAGUUUCACUAAACUCAAUGAAAGUGCUAAAGGUUUUUUCCAAAAGAAUGUCUUUGAUAAAUUCAAGCAUUUAGAUUUCAAACAUGGUUCUCGAAACUUACCAGAAGAAAGCUCAGUGAAAUCAUUAAUUGAUGGUGAAGAAGGUCAAGUCGUUUCUCCUGAUUUACCACCAGUAGUUCAACUUAAAACACCUGAUUUAACAGGUCUUCAGAUCUUUCCUGACAGAGAAGCUUCACCUUCACCAGAAAAAAUUCCAUCUAAUACUUCAUCCCCCACUAAAAUGCCUUCAACCAUACAAUCUCCAGAACAAGUCAAGCUACAAGUAUCAACAGAAGAUCGUUCUAGACCAGUAACACCAGUCUUUAUUAAUGAAAAUCUAUCUAAUCUAGAUAGUCAGAUAUCUCAAUCCAGUUCAGCUUCUAGUUCCUCUCAACGCUUAGUUGAUAAUGAUAUUGUGUUUAGUCAUAAAGUUAAAAAAAAGAAGAAAAGAGGAAAAGCAGAAAAAUUGAAAGAAAGAGAUGAUGAUUCUGAUGAAAAAGUCUCCAUAAAAUCAACAGAGAGUAUGACUAAUUUAUCAUCUUUAGACAGUGAACAGAAGACCUCCUUUUCUAGCUUAGUCAAUGAUGGCUCACCAACCAGUGAUAAGGGAUUAAAUGCAUUAAGUCGAGCUGAUGACAUUUUAAAACGUUCUUUAGCAAUUCUAAAAACUGAUGAACCAUCCAUUGACACUAUUAAUUUGGAGAAAAACAAAGUGGAGAAAUCCGAUCCAAAAACAAAUUCUACACCGGCUGCUAAUGCGACUGAAAAAAGAGUAGAAAAAAAUGCAGAAAAAACUGAAGUGAAAUUGGAUCAGUUCAAAGUGAAUAAAAAAGACAAUGCCAUUGUGGCAUCAGAACCAAGUAAAGUUCAGGAAUCUAAACCAUCAACAAGUAAAACUCAACAUCCAAAUGAAAAUAAACCAGAAGAGAAGGCUCCUGUCCUAAGUCCUUCAGUGAAAGAUGCAACCACCAGAGACAGCACCUCUGAUUAUUCUGAUGAUAUUUACUCAAUUUAUAAAAAUCCUUAUUCUGAUUCUAGUUUUAGUUCUGUAUCUAGUCCUCAAACCUCCAUUUUGUCUCCUGAAACUGAGGCUUACCUGUCACAACCAUCUGCCUCUAAACUAGAACCCAGGAGAUUAGAAUCUGUGGAAGGGAAAAUGGAUUUAACUGUGAAUAUAUUUGAUGAAGUGUCUACAGGAGCUAAUACCUACAGUUUGUGUGUAUCAGAAACUCAUAUUUGGUUCACUGAUAAAUCAGAAAAUAUUUACUAUAGUAGUGUUUUAGGUCCUAAAAUUGUUUGGCGUAAGGCUGCCGGUACAGCAAGCCAAGUUGCUGUGUCAUCUAAAGGACAUAUUGUGUGGAGGUUACAUAAGAACGUGGCAUUUGCAGGUACAAAACUGACAUCUAAGAGACCUGAAGGUUUGAAAUGGGUAGAAGCUGUAAGAGAUGUAGCCUAUGUAGCUGUGGAUGAUUUCACUGCAUGGUAUAUUAAAGUUGAUGGUAAUAUAAUGUUUCAGAAAGGAUUAAGUAAAGAUAGACCAUGUUUUAAGUCUAUACCUAUACCAUGUGAAUAUAAUAUCAAACAGAUAGCAUGUUAUAAUGGUGUAGUGUGGGCUAUUACUAAUGAUAUGAAGUUAAUCUAUAGACAAGGUAUUACAGUAGAUUGUAAAGAAGGAACAUCUUGGGAAUUUGUUGAUUGCGGUGUAGAUUCGUUAUUAUUUGGUCAUGUUAUAUUAGAGAAGAAUAAUGGCUGGGCAGUAGAUGUAUUAGGUGGUAUAUGGUUUGUAUCAGAGGUUACUAAAGACAAUCCUAUGGGUAAUUGUAAAUGGUACCAGGUACCAACUAAUGAAUAUUUCCUUCAAGAAUCUACAACAUUAGAUAAUUUGAAAUCAUUAGCUAGUAAAUUAGAUCCUCAGAAAUUAAGUUAUUUAAUCAGUUCAAAUCGUGGUGGAUUAAUAGCAGUGAAUAAAUCUGGCGUCUGGGUUUGUCCUGAAUAUAAAAAUAUUCUUCACGUUUGUCGAGGCAAUAUACAAGGUUUUAGAUGGAGUGAAUGUCCUCCAAUAGGAAUGGCUACAUCAACAGCCUGGAAACAUGUUUGUGCUAAUCUCUUGGAUAUAGAAUGGGGUCUAGUAUGGGCACAACAACCAAAUGGUGAUAUGUAUACAUUUCCACCAACUACUAGAAGUGCUAGUAUGGUAGCUUUAUCACCAAUGAUGAUAUGUUUAACUGGUUGUAAAGAUACUGUUUGGGGUUUAACUGUGGAAGGGCAAGUGGUAGCUAGAUGUGGUAUGGGCAGAUAUUGUCCACAAGGUUCAAAUUGGAUGACAUUAAAUUUAUCUCAGUUAGGUGAUGCUCAUCUGAUCCAUAUAAGUUGUAAUAAUCAGUAUAUAUGGGCAGUAGAUGCUAGUGGAAUGGUAUAUCAGAGAAUAGGUUCUAAGGCACCAACAAAUCAAGAACUAAGUCCUGUAUGGUUACCAUUAGAUUCAUUCAGUGGUAUUGUGUUUAAUCAUAUAGCUGUUGGUUUCAAUGAUUGGAUGGUGUGGGCAACUGAUAGUAAAAAGAUGGUUUAUGUUAGAUUGGGUAUUACUGAGAAUUUACCUAUUGGUAAAGAGUGGCGUCAAGCACCAGGUAUACAUGCUGUUAAACUGUCUAUCAGUAAAACUGGUGUGUGGGCAUUAAACCAACAGAAUGAAAUAUUCUAUAGAUAUGGUAUAACAGAGAGAAAUGUUCUAGGUGAUUAUUGGAAAAAAGUUCCUGGUCUCUGUACUUGUAUAUCAGUAUCACCUAAUGAUGAACUAUGGGGAGUCAAUAACAAUGGUAGUUUAUUACAGUGUCAUUCCAAAUUUUUACAGAGACAGGAAAAAGUAGAUGAGAUUGUAUUAAGAACACUGAGUGUUGGAAGUGAUGAGGGUGAAUGGGAACUUGUUUAA